ACGAAGCCUUAAAGCGGCCGGUCCGCAGUAGCUGCGGGUCUGAGGCUUAGAGGAUGAGGAGUUUGGGGGCCGCCAGGAAUGGGCCCUCUGGGGCUGGGCCCUCGUUCCCUCUCCUCGCAUGGCCGUUGGGCUGGGCGCCCGACAACGCUAAUAGUUACUUGAAAAAGCUGUCUUUUAGUCAAGAUGAGUGAUAAGCCAGACUUGUCAGAAGUGGAGAAGUUUGACAGGUCAAAACUGAAGAAAACUAAUACUGAAGAAAAAAAUACUCUUCCUUCAAAGGAAACCAUCCAGCAGGAGAAAGAGUGUGUUCAAACAUCGUAAAAUGGGGAUCUCCUCCCAACAGCAGAUUUCAACAUUACCUGAGAGUCUUGGUUUAGGCCUGUUUUUUGUAAACCCAUGUGUCUAUAGAGAUUUUAGGCAUCUUCGGAUGUCUUCUCACCUAUGUUCCCUGGCUAAGAAGUCAGAGGUAGCCAAUGUUUCCUUAAAUUCAUUUUUAUACUUACCAUUGGUGCAUAUGUUCCAAAUGACAGAUGCUGUCAGUAAUCUCACCAUUGAUGACCUUUGUGUAUGUAGUUCUUGCAUAAGCCUGUUUUAACCUGCUAUGAUGGGUACCUCCAUUGCUUCAUAAUCUUCAUGAAGUUGCAUGCUUUUGCAGCUUUUCACAGUUUAUUUUCAUUUCUAAUGUAGUAAUAAAGCAACCAAUAUAAUCAUUA